AUGCAGUACCGUAAGGGCGAAGAUGACUUUGGAUGCCACGACGAUGCAACCUGCGGUUGCCACGACGGCCCCGUGAGCAUCCCAGAUCUGUCUCCAUGCCACGACCGCAGCAGCCUCAGCCACGACAUCGAGGGGUCCUGCCAGAGCGUGCCACAGGGCUGCCAACCCAUAGAGCCCUGCCCGCCCCGCAGCUGCUGCCCAUCACAGCGCAGCUGGGAUUGUGGUAAACCCCGACGGCGGGUGGAGGUGAGUCCUGUGCAGCCCGUCUGCCCACCAGUGAAAAUCCACCGCCGGCCACUGCAGCAGUACCGACCACCACAGCAGAGUGAGGAGCAGGGCUGCUGUAAGCCCCGCAGGAGAGUGGAGCAGUGCCCCUCUGAGGAGCCCAUCACGCUGCAUCCCCAACCGUUGCAGCACCGCUGUCCCUGCAUCCCCUACUGCCGUCCUCCUGUCCAGCACUGCCAUCCAUCUGUCCAGCACUGCCGUCCAUCUGUCCAGCACUGCCGUCCUCCUGUCCAGCACUGCUGCCCCACCGCUAUGCCCCUGCCACAGCAUCCUGGCCAGCACCAGUGCAAGCAAGUGCAGAUCUUGCCACCCUUCCAGUAUAAGAAAUGA